CAGGUAGGCGCCAGUCGCAGGCUGCUCGGGAGCUGGGUCCGCGCGCCCGGCCGGAUGCAGGGCGCCCCGCGCGGGUCGGACUCGCCGCUGCCCGCGAUGCUGCCGCCGUGCGCGGAGGGAGCCGCCCGCCUGGCCGUGGCCCUGCUGGCCGCGCUGUGCUGCUGCCCCUGGGCGGGGGCGAGCGCCGCCCUGGGCCCAGGCUCGCUCAGCUCCAACGCCAUCAAGAUCCCGGCGCCGGGCGGCUCCGCCGUCAGCGCGUCCCCCCGCGACUCGGUGCUGCACGAGGGCAGCAACAAGUACCAGCCCCUGGACGCGCACCAGCCCUACGCGUGCGGCGAGGACGAGGACUGCGCCCCGGACGAGUUCUGCUCGCGCGGCGGCGGCGGCGGCGGCGGCGCCCCGGUGUGCCUGGCCUGCAGGCGGCGCCGCAAGCGCUGCCUCCGCGACGCCAUGUGCUGCCCGGGCACCUCCUGCAACAACGGGAUGUGCGCGCCCUCCGAGCCCGAGCAGCUCCACGCCGCGGAGACGGAGGAGCCCGGCAGCGAGGGGCCCGCGCCCGGCCCGGAGGGACAGCCCAAAAGGACCACUUCCCUCUGGCGGCUGCACCAUGCCAAAGGUCAGGAGAGCUCCAUCUGCCUCCGCUCCUCAGACUGUGCUGCAGGACUGUGUUGCGCUCGUCACUUCUGGUCCAAGAUCUGCAAGCCUGUGCUGAAGGAAGGCCAAGUAUGCACAAAACACAGAAGAAAGGGCUCUCAUGGCCUGGAGAUAUUCCAGCGAUGCUACUGUGGAGAUGGUCUUUCUUGUCGCCUACAAAGAGAUCAUAUAACCAGCAACUCCUCCUCCUCCAGGCUGCAUACCUGCCAGAGACACUGAUGGGAACUCCUCGCUAAAUCAGAUGGACUUUGGAGAGGAUUUCUGUAUGGUGCAUUGCUUGUUGUUUUGCCAGGUCAUGUCUAAGGAUGUACAGAUUUGGAGUUUACACCAAGUACUCUAUUUCCCCUCCCUACCUAAAACUGGAGUACUAGGCUUGUUUCUUUAGGGAACUACUUUUAAGUGACUAAUUGCAGUAAAUUACUGUGUUGUAAAUGCUCAAUGUGGCACUUAACUGUAAAUAUUCCAGAAUUUUAAUUAUUUUUCCUAAAAGUGCUGCAUAACGAUCUCCAGUCUAUUAUUGUGACACUUUGUACACACUGGUUUUAUAUAUAAUCCUCAGUCUAUUUUCUAUUUACAAGUGAAUAAAUCUUAAAUAUAACUGA